AUGAAUGGUCAAAUAGAUAAAAAGGAGAAACGAUAUAGUAUGACCAAGCUGGAAGAUAGGUUUAGAACUUUCCAAGAUGGUGUGGCACUUGAAAAAAAGAAGUUAAAAUGGAGUUUUAAAGUGAUUCCGUAUCAGGCAAUGGCCAAGCUUGGAUUUUACUUUGAUCCAGUGAUCGAUCCUAAAACAUCCAAACUUAAGAAGGACUCUGUAGGAUGUUGUUAUUGCCAUCGUCGAACAUUCAAUGUGAGAGAUUGCCGAUCCAAAAGAAAAGACGUUAUUGAGACGCUGAGCAAUAUAAUGAGGAAACAUUUGACUGAUCCAGAUAACAAGCAAGUAUGCCUUCUCAUCUACUUGCGUAAUAAGCUAUUAACAGAUUAUAGCUUCCAUAUGGGUGUCUCGGACUGGAAAAACGACAAGUACUUUAGUGAUCCAGAUAAUGAAGAUGUAGUGAGCCUAAGAAAAUUUACUUUUGAGGAUAACUGGCCUCACGAUGAUUCUCAAAACGAACAUCCGUUAGGUAUAGAAAAGAUGGUGAAUGCAGGACUUAUACGCUAUGACUCUAGUAUAGAGGGCUUAAGCAACCCCAAUAUGGAUAAAACGCUCAUGAAUGACGCCUGUUAUUGUAUUUAUUGCAAACAGUUGUUGCAAGGCUGGUCAGUAAAUGAUGAUCCGAUGAGGCGACAUUAUAAGGUUUCCCAAAAUGGAAAUUGUCAUUUCUUUCAAACAUGCAACAGAUUUGAAGGGGUAAGGAAUGACAAUGGUAGUACUGGCAUUUCUAAUGCUAUCGGCGAAGAUUGUGAGGUCUCCCUCACACAAGAGGAAAAGAGAGAAGGAGAAGUGAUUGACGUGAAAAGCACUUCUCAAAGCCAGUAUUCUUUGUUUGACUCACCUUCAUCGAAUUCUACUCCUCAAAUUAAUGAUGAUGAUGAUGAACAAACAAAUAACUCUGUUAUUCAACAUAACAUGAGUGUACUUAAUGGAACAAAAGCUGAAAAUGGAAAACAGAAUAUUGUGGAAGAAAAAGGUCAAAUCAACUCGAAGAAUUGGGGCAUUACAUUAGAUGGGGGCGAUAUAAAUUGUGACAUUGCAGUUGAUAAGAAAGACAUUAUUUCCACGCCAACUGCAAUAGAAGCUAAACGUUCAAAUGUUCAGCUGACGCAAUUAUCAUCUCCUAUACGAAAGAAAAGAAAGUUCAAAAGAAUAUCGCCCAGAAAAAUCUUUGAUGAGGAAGAUAGCCAAAACUCCCUCAGUAAUAAUACCGUUAGUGCAGACAACAAAGAUAAGGAUCUGGUUAUAGAUUUUACAAGCCAUAUCAUAAAAAACAGAGAUGUGGGGAGAAAGAAUGCUAUUUUAGAUGACAGCACAGAUGAAUUCAGCUUUAGUAACCAAGGACAUAGUACUUUUGACAUACCUAUACCGACUUCAUCACAUUUACUCAAGGGCAUAGAUUCAGAUAAUAACAAUGUUAUACAAGAAGAUAAUAUUGGCGAAAGGACAGAUACAAAAGGAGCGUUUUUUGAAGGCGAAAAUUCUCCUGUUAAUUCAGAAGCAGAUGUAUAUUUCAGUGGUAUGAAACCCAUCGGUAGGGACAACAAUACUAAUAUUCUUAUAAGAACGCAAACUGUAGGUCAGAAAGUGGGUGAUGUCGAUACAGAUAAGGUCCCCUAUAGUGGAUCUCCAGAGCUGUCAGAGACACAUGAGUUAAUCGAAGACAACUCUGGGAAGGAAGAAAAACGAAUCGGGGAUUUCCGACAUCAAAAUGAGUCAAAUAUACGGCAACCUUCGGAUAUGUUACAUUCUGAUAAAUUGAGUGGUAAUUCCAGUAAUAUUACUGUACCGCCAAAAGGGGAACGAAACAUAAGCGAUGGCGAAACAUCCAAUAUUUCCGCUGAUGUUCUUCCUAGACCAAAGAAGAACUCAGAAGAACCACGAAGGCUAUCAUUAAGUGGAAAAGCUGUUUCAACGCAAAGAAAAUUGGAUAAUAUCAAUAUAAAUCUAAGUUUUUCAUCAUCAGAUUUUUCACCAUCAUCACAAUCUGAGCAUACAUCAAAAAGUUCAAGCGCUAUUUCAACGCCGAUAGAAAGCCCUAAAAUUAAUCUCACACCCAGCUUACAUGCAGUUGAAGAGAUUUCAGGCCUUAAAAAAGAUAAGAUCAAUGAUACGUACUUGAUCAAUAAGCAGGAAACUAUCAAAGCACCGGAAUAUGUGUCUGUGAAGAAUGAAACUUCAGGUGAUGAAGGUUUAUUUUUUGAGACUGGGACGCCGAUCGCAUCUCAAGAAAACAAGUCAAGAAAGUUAUUUGAUGAAGAGUUUUCGGGGAGGGGAUUAGAUAUACCUAUUGAUUCAUCAACUGUAGAAAUCAAAAAGGUCCUUAAGCCUGGAUUUGAGCCAGUUCCACCGGUCGCGGAUAAUUUGGCGCCUAAUACGGACUUACGUCCCGAGCAUUCACGUUUAAAAGAACAACAAAAGGAGAUAAACUCAAAUUUAGUUAUUGGUUCUAAAAAAGUUAGUUCAUCGAAUGAGGACAACAGGAAAAAAGAGGCAGAUACAGGAGAAUGGUUUAAAAUUGAUGAAAAUAGGCUGCUUGUAAAAAAUUACUUUCAUGAUUUGUUAAAAUAUAUAAACAAUAAUGACGCUACGCUAGCUAAUGACAAAGAUGGUGAUCUCGCUUUUUUGAUUAAGCAAAUGCCCAGUGAAGAGUUGGAUAUGACGUUUAGUAACUGGGUGAAUGUGAAAGUGAAAUCUAUCAAACGUGAAUUUAUAGAUGACUGUGAUAAGAAGUUGGACAUAUUGAGAAAAAAUUAUUAUACUGCCACAAAUUUUGUUGAAACUUUGGAAGAUGAUGAUCAAUUGAUCAAUAUUGCUAAGGAAAUGGGCAUUUUAUAG